AAAAUUUGUCAUUCAUUAAAAAUCAAUCGAGUCAACGAGAAGUAAAAAAUUUAAAGAGUGCUAUUUAAACUAUUAAAAGAUAUCUUAAAGUGAAAUUUAUUGUCUUAUCGUAUUCAAAAGAAGCUAGUUAUCAAGAAAACUAUCAACAUGCAAAUCUUCGUCAAGACAUUAACUGGAAAGACAAUUACAUUGGAAGUUGAGCCAUCAGACACCAUUGAAAAUGUUAAGGCUAAGAUUCAGGAUAAAGAAGGAAUUCCACCAGAUCAACAGCGUUUAAUCUUCGCUGGAAAGCAAUUGGAAGAUGGUCGUACAUUGUCUGAUUAUAACAUCCAGAAGGAAUCUACAUUGCAUUUGGUUCUUCGUCUCAGAGGUGGAAUGCAAAUUUUCGUCAAAACUUUGACUGGAAAGACAAUUACAUUGGAAGUUGAGCCAUCUGAUACUAUCGAAAAUGUUAAGGCAAAGAUCCAAGACAAAGAAGGAAUUCCACCAGACCAACAGCGUUUAAUCUUUGCUGGAAAACAAUUGGAAGAUGGUCGUACAUUGUCUGAUUAUAACAUCCAGAAGGAAUCUACAUUGCAUUUGGUUCUUCGUCUCAGAGGUGGAAUGCAAAUUUUCGUCAAAACUUUGACUGGAAAGACAAUUACAUUGGAAGUAGAGCCAUCAGACACUAUUGAAAAUGUUAAGGCUAAGAUCCAGGACAAAGAAGGAAUUCCCCCAGACCAACAGCGUUUAAUCUUUGCUGGAAAGCAAUUGGAAGAUGGUCGUACUUUAAGUGACUACAACAUCCAAAAGGAAUCAACAUUGCAUUUGGUUCUUCGUCUCAGAGGUGGCAUGCAAAUCUUCGUUAAGACAUUAACUGGAAAGACCAUUACAUUGGAAGUUGAGCCAUCAGACACUAUUGAAAACGUUAAGGCCAAGAUUCAAGACAAAGAAGGAAUUCCACCAGAUCAACAGCGUUUAAUCUUUGCUGGAAAGCAAUUGGAAGAUGGUCGUACUUUAAGUGACUACAACAUCCAAAAGGAAUCAACAUUGCAUUUGGUUCUUCGUCUCAGAGGUGGCAUGCAAAUUUUCGUCAAAACUUUGACUGGAAAGACAAUUACAUUGGAAGUAGAGCCAUCUGAUACUAUUGAAAAUGUUAAGGCUAAGAUUCAGGACAAAGAAGGAAUUCCCCCAGACCAACAGCGUUUAAUCUUUGCUGGAAAGCAAUUAGAAGAUGGCCGUACUUUGUCUGACUAUAACAUCCAAAAGGAAUCUACAUUGCAUUUGGUUCUUCGUCUCAGAGGUGGAAUGCAAAUUUUCGUCAAAACUUUGACUGGAAAGACAAUUACAUUGGAAGUUGAGCCAUCUGAUACUAUUGAAAAUGUUAAGGCAAAGAUCCAAGACAAAGAAGGAAUUCCCCCAGACCAACAGCGUUUAAUCUUCGCUGGAAAGCAAUUAGAAGAUGGCCGUACUUUGUCUGACUAUAACAUCCAAAAGGAAUCUACAUUGCAUUUGGUUCUUCGUCUUCGUGGUGGUAUGCAAAUUUUCGUGAAAACUUUGACUGGAAAGACCAUUACAUUGGAAGUUGAGCCAUCUGAUACUAUUGAAAACGUUAAGGCCAAGAUUCAAGACAAAGAAGGAAUUCCACCAGAUCAACAGCGUUUGAUCUUCGCUGGAAAACAAUUAGAAGAUGGCCGUACUUUAAGUGACUACAACAUCCAAAAGGAAUCUACAUUGCAUUUGGUUCUUCGUCUUCGUGGUGGUAUGCAAAUUUUCGUGAAAACUUUGACUGGAAAGACAAUUACAUUGGAAGUAGAGCCAUCUGAUACUAUUGAAAACGUUAAGGCUAAGAUCCAGGACAAAGAAGGAAUUCCCCCAGACCAACAGCGUUUGAUCUUCGCUGGAAAACAAUUGGAAGAUGGUCGUACUUUAAGUGACUAUAACAUCCAAAAGGAAUCAACAUUGCAUUUGGUUCUUCGUCUCAGAGGUGGCAUGCAAAUCUUUGUCAAGACAUUGACUGGUAAAACAAUUACCUUAGAAGUAGAGCCUUCUGACACUAUUGAAAACGUUAAGGCCAAGAUUCAAGACAAAGAAGGAAUUCCACCAGAUCAACAGCGUUUAAUCUUCGCUGGAAAGCAAUUAGAAGAUGGUCGUACUUUAAGUGACUAUAACAUCCAGAAGGAAUCUACAUUGCAUUUGGUUCUUCGUCUUCGUGGUGGAAUUUAAAAUAUUUGUUUUUGCGGUUUUUAAUCAAAUGAACUCCAUUGCUCUAUUUUUCAUUCAAAUACCUAAUAUAAUUUCAAGUCAAGUCUUUUAAAAAGGAAGUGAUUCAUAACAUUUUUUUAUUGCUCAAUAAAUUCUUUAGUUAUUUGAUUUCCAAACAUCAAGAAAACAAUAAAAGAGCUUUUUUUACACAGAUAAUACGC